GACCAAGUCUCUAACCCAACACAACACAAAACCCAUAAACUGAAAAGACUAACCUACCCUAUCUUGCCAUAUAAAUCCCUCUCGAGCAACGCAUGUUAAAUAAACCUAAUUUAUACAUUCAUUCUCAAAGUCAAAAGGAGACAGGGAGAGAGAGAGAGAGAGAGAGAAUUCAAAGCGUUUUUUUUUUAUAAAUUAAAGGCAUGAGAGGUUCAAGAACAGGUUCUUCAGACAUGAGUGCUUGGUGUUCUGCUGUUGUGUUAUUGUCUUUAAUACUUUUGUUAUCUGUUCGUGAAAACAACGCUUCUAAUUCGAUUAGAGGUUCUCAAUUCUCAACGAAACCUUGUGAGGAGAUUUACAUCGUCGGAGAAGGAGAGACACUUCACACCAUCGGCGAUAAAUGCGGCGACCCGUUUAUCGUGGAGCGAAACCCGCAUAUCCAUGAUCCCGAUGAUGUCUUUCCAGGUCUUGUUCUCAAGAUCGCACCUUUUUACUUCAACAGGAAAUUGUAAGACAUAUAACAAAUACGUUUCUUUUUUCUUUCUCUUUUCUCUUCUUUUAAAAUUUUGUUUGAAGCAUACUUUACCUUAAGUAUGUAUGUAUAUAUUACUAAAGGAUUCAAAAAUAAAUACAGAGAUUUGAAAGAAACAGAGCAAAAACAGAGUUGUGUACCGUGAGUUGAUUAUUCAUGU